AAUACCUCUAAUUCUUCUGAAAUAUUCCUCUUGCUGGUGUUUCUCUCAUUUUUUUUUUGCUCACUCGUUCAAAAUGUCAGACAUAAUGGAUGAAAUAUCACGCCUUUCACUCAAAGAUGCAAAACCAAAUAUGACUAUUUCACCAAGAAAUCCCGAUCAUAAUCCACUCCAUUUGAUUAAAAAUAUGAAAUUAAAGCAUGGAAGACCUGCUUUUAUAGCAGGCCCCAUGGUCAGAUACUCUAAACUUCCAUUUCGUGAAUUAGUUCGAAAUUUCAACUGCGAUAUAGUUUACACUCCAAUGAUUUUAGCAAGAGAAUUUGUUCGUAAUGAUGUUGCUAGAUUGUCUGAUUUUACUACUAAUGAUAAAGACAGAUCCGUUAUUGUUCAGGUUGGUGCAAGCAAUGUUGAAGACUUACUUAAAUUUGUCGAUAUGAUUUAUCCUUACGUGGAUGGUAUCGGAUUGAAUUGCGGAUGCCCUAUAAAAGAACAAAUGAGAGAAGGUAUUGGUGCAGCAUUAAUGUCCGAACCCGAAUUAGUUUCAUCAAUGGUUAAAGCCGUUAAGGAGAAAUAUGGUGACUCAAUAGUAAUUGAAACCAAGAUAAGAAUCCAUAAUGAUUUAAAUGAAACGAUUAACUUUGUGAAAAUGGUUGAAAAAAAUGGAGUAGAUUUCAUAACGGUUCACGGUAGAACUAAAAAUACCAGAUCCUCCAUACCAGCAAAUUAUGAUGCUAUCAAAUUAGUCAAGGAAACCGUAAAUGUUCCUGUAGUAGCAAAUGGUGAUUGUUUUUCAUUAAAAGAUGCUUUUGAAAUUGCAGAGUAUACAGGUGUUGAUGGAGUAAUGGCGGUAAGAGGGAUCUUGGCAAAUCCAGCAAUCUUUGCAGGCUUUGAUAAGACCCCUUGGUCUGCUGUUGAAAUAUUUUGGGAUCUCGCUACUAGUUAUGGUUUACCCUUCAGAAUUACUCAACACCAUUUAUCUCAAAUGAUGGAAAAAAUCAUCCCAAGAAAAUACUUAAAGGAAAUGAAUGAGACUAAUAAUAUGAUCGACAUGAUCGACUGGUUUGAUUCAAAUUUUAACUUAAAGAGAGCUGGUGACGAAAACUUUGCAACCGCUAUAGAACCUACUUGGAAGCAAAGCAGAGAAGAAAUGGCUCACAUUUAAUUACACUAUUGUAGAUCUCCAUUACAUAUUGUCAUGGAUUCAUCCUUUCAAUAGCCGGCAUUUUUCUUUCAUUUCUUCAAGGAC